AUGGUUCACCACGAUACCACUACGGCUCGGUCGCCAAACGAUUACGGCGCGACCUACGACAAGCGCAACGACACCGGUCUUUUGACUCGUUUCGUCCCGAACAAGCUUAAGCACUCUGGUCUUUAUCGCUGGAUCCUCCGCCUUUCACGAGUUCUGCAAUUCCUCUCGGCAAUCAUAUCCCUCGGACUCUUCUCAGCUCGGCUCCGCAAGGUCUACAACCUGGUCAAUGCGAUCAAGACCCGACGCGGUGUCAACGGCUCGUUUGGCGCGGUAGAGGGCAUUCUGGCAGCGGCUGUUCUGUACACGCUCAUUGCCAUGCUGGUGGGAUUCCUUCUCAAGGGUGGUGGCCCCAAAUGGCUCCGCUGGCUCUCGGUCCUGUUGGAUCUUGCUUUCGUCGGAGCCUUCAUCGCGGUCUCUGUUCUUACUCGACCCAACGGUGGUGCAGCUGGUCCCGGAAACUGCUACAGGAGGGAAGGUCUUCGAGGCUUACUUGGAAACAAUGCGGAUGAACAUGAUAACAGCUGCAACCUGCCCUGGGGUACAUUCAUUCUUGCAAUCAUCAGCACUCUUCUCCAUGCCCUCACGGCAUCAUUCCACGAGGUUCGAGACCGCUACAAGCAGCACCACGUCAAGGAGCAUCGUGCCAGCCAAGACCCCAUGGAUAGAAACAGGGAAGUCAUGUAA